AACCUCCAUCGUCAUCUCCACCACCCAUAUCAUCAUCUCCGCCUCCUCCCCCACCCCCUUCCCUCUCAGCCCCAACCUCCCCUCCCUCUCCUUCACCACCCAUGCCCUCUUCCACCACCCUCCUCCCACCAUCUCCAACUCUGCCCGCACCAGCCACCUCUUCUCCUCCUCCUUUGUUUUCCAACCUUCCUCUGCCCUCGACGCCGCAAGACUUCCGCCUUCCAUCCCUCUCCUCUCCUUCUUCAGCUCGUCCUCCCCCUUGCACCUCUAG